GUGGCUGGCGCCUUAGCCGCUUGAGCCACAGGUGCCGAGCCGAGAAAUCUUUCUUUAGGUCUAUCUGAAGUCCAGCAAAAUCCAUUAUUUUCUUUGGCUCAGUAGCACAGGCUGAGCUCCUGGGGCUGCCUCAUGCUGGUGUGAAUGCGGAGCACAUGCUGGGCCCUGAGAGCAGCUCCCAAGCAAUGAGGUGUAGGCCUGCAUGCUGACGCUUCACGGUGCAUUUUGGUCUCCCAGGAGCCCAGCUUUUGGGGACUGAUGCAAAGCUAAGGUGCUGGUGCCAUCAGAGUCCAGAUGUCACUGGAAGCUUUGUUGGCAGAGCAGCAGCAGCAAAGGACUCCACUUAGCACCCAAGCUGCCCUCAGUGUAGAGUUCAUUCAGUACAUUCAUCCCACGACCCUCCCUCAGGGCACCAUCAACAUGAACCAGUGCACAGAUGUGGUGGAUGGGGAGGGCCGCACAGGCCAGAAGUUCUCCUUGUGCAUCCUGACGCCUGAGAAGGAGCAUUUCAUCAGGGCAGAAACCAAGGAGAUCGUCAGCGGGUGGCUGGAGAUGCUCAUGGUCUAUCCCAGGACUAACAAGCAGAACCAGAAGAAGAAACGGAAAGUGGAGCCUCCCACACCGCAGGAGCCCGGGCCUGCCAAGAUGGCUGUUACCAGCAGCAGCAGCAGCAGCAGCAGCAGCAGCAGCAGCAGCAGCAUUCCCAGUGCUGAGAAGGUCCCCACUACCAAGUCCACGCUGUGGCAGGAGGAAAUGCGGGGCAAGGACCAGGCAGAUGGGAGCAGCCUGUGUCCAGCUCAGAGUCCUGGCCAGGGCCAGCCUCCUACUGCCAGCUCCCUGCGGGAACCUGGGCUGGAGACCAAAGAAGAGGAGGGUGCUGUGAGCAGUGACCGCAUGGACAGUGGCCGCAAAGUCCGAGUGGAGAGCGGCUACUUCUCCCUGGAGAAGACCAAGCAGGAUGUGAAGGCAGAGGAACAGCAGCUGCCCCCACCGCUCUCCCCACCCAGCCCCAGCACCCCUGACAACAGGUACAGUUGCCCCAAGUCACCCUCCCAGGAGCUUGGUCAUCCUCUUGCUUCCCCAGGUCCUCGGCCCCCAAGCCGGAUGAUCUGCAGCGUCUCCCUUGGCUCCCUGGAUGCAGCUGGCCGGCCCCCAACCCAUGUGGACUCUGGCAGCCCUGGGGGGCAGGGGACAGACAGACUGGGGAGCACCUUUGCCUUUAAAGCCAGCAGGCAGUACGCCACCCUGGCUGACGUCCCCAAGGCCAUCAGGAUCAGCCACCGAGAAGCUUUCCAGGUGGAGAGAAGGCGGCUAGAACGGAGGACUCGGGCCCGGAGCCCUGGCAGGGAAGAGGUGGCCCGCCUGUUUGGCAAUGAGCGGAGGAGGUCCCAGGUAAUUGAAAAAUUUGAGGCCUUGGACAUUGAGAAGGCAGAGCACAUGGAGACCAACAUGUCAGCAGGGCCCUCACCCACCAGUGACACCCGCCAAGGCCGCAGCGAGAAGAGGGUUUUCCCUAGGAAGCGGGACUUCACCAGUGAAGCCCCCACAGCUCCUCUCUCAGACGCCUCGGCUUCCCCCCUGUCUCCACACCGCAGAGCCAAGUCACUGGACAGGAGGUCCACGGAGCCCUCCAUGACGCCUGACCUGCUGAAUUUCAAGAAAGGCUGGCUGACUAAGCAAUAUGAGGAUGGUCAGUGGAAGAAACACUGGUUUGUCCUGGCCGAUCAAAGCCUGAGGUACUACAGGGACUCAGUGGCUGAGGAGGCAGCCGACUUGGAUGGGGAAAUUAACUUGUCUACAUGUUAUGAUGUCACGGAAUAUCCAGUACAGAGAAACUAUGGCUUCCGGAUACAUACAAAGGAGGGUGAGUUCACCUUGUCAGCCAUGACAUCUGGAAUCCGGCGGAACUGGAUCCAGACCAUCAUGAAGCACGUGCACCCAGCCACUGCCCCGGAUGUGACCAGCUCCCUGCCGGAAGAAAAGAGCAAGAGCAGCCCUUCUUGUGAGACCUGCCCAAGGCUGAGUGAGAAGCAGGAGGCGGAGUCUGGGGAGCUAGACACUGAGCAGAGGAGGAGCCGAGCUCGGGAGCGGAGAAGGGAGGGCCGUUCCAAGACCUUUGACUGGGCUGAGUUUCGCCCCAUGCAGCAGGCCCUGGCUCAGGAGAGGGCUUAUGCCAUAGGGACCCCUGAUACUCAUGAGGCAGAGACCGGUGAGCUAGAGCGGGAGCGUGCACGGCGGAGGGAAGAGCGCCGCAAGCGCUUCGGGAUGCAGGACACGGAUGAUGUGGCUCUGCGCAUGGAAGUGGACAGGAGCCCAGGGCUGCCUGUGGCCCCCGACCUCAAGACACAGAAUGUCCACGUGGAGAUUGAGCAGCGAUGGCAUCAAGUGGAGACCACCCCUCUCCGAGAAGAAAAGCAGGUGCCCAUUGCCCCCCUGCACCUGUCCUCCUCAGAGGAUGGAGGAGACCGGCUCUCCACUCACGAGCUGACCUCUCUGCUGGAGAAGGAGCUGGAGCAGAGCCAGAGGGAGGCCUCAGACCUUCUGGAGCAGAACCGACUCCUGCAGGACCAGCUGAGAGUGGCCUUGGGCCGGGAGCAGAGUGCGCGGGAGGGCUAUGUGCUGCAGACUGAAGUGGCCACUUCCCCAUCGGGUGCCUGGCAGAGGCUCCAUAGAGUCAACCAAGACCUCCAAAGUGAGCUGGAAGCCCAGUGCCAGCGCCAGGAGCUGAUCACGCACCAGAUUCAGACCCUGAAACGCAGCUAUGGGGAGGCCAAGGGUGCGAUCCGGCACCACGAGGCCGAGAUCCGGAGCCUCCAGGCGCGGCUUAGCAAUGCUGCCGCGGAGCUGGUCAUCAAGGAGCAGGCAUUGGCCAAGCUGAAGGCAGACUUGAAACGGGAGCAAGGCAGGGCCCGCGAGCAGCUGGAGGAGUGGCAACACAGCGAGGCGGCAUUGAGCGGCCAGCUGCGGGCCAGUGAGCAGAAGCUCAAGAGUGCUGAGGCCCUGCUUCUGGAGAAGACGCAGGAGCUGCGAGGCUUGGAGACACAGCAGGCGCUGCAGCAGGACCGGCAGAAGGAGGCACAGAGGCUGCAGGAGCGCAUCGCCGACCUUAGCCAGCAGCUUGGUGCCAGUGAGCAGGCGCAGCGACUGAUGGAGGAGAAGCUGCGGAGGAACUACGAGCUAUUGCUGGACAGCUGUGAGAAGGAGAAGCAGGCGCUGCUGCAGAGCCUGCGUGAGGCUGAGGACAAGGCCACCGCCUAUGAGGACCAGCUGCAGGGCCAUGCCCAGCAGGUGGAGGCCCUCCAGAAAGAGAAGCUAAGCGCCUCAUUUGAGGGCAGCGAGCAGGUGCACCAGCUGGAGGAGCAGCUGGCAUUGCGGGAAGGAAGCCUCUGCAGGCUCGCCGAGCACGUGCAAAGCCUCUGUGAUGAGCGGGACCUCCUCAGGCAGCGGCUGCAGGAGCUGACAGAGCGAGUGGCCACGUCUGAUGGGGAUGUUACUGAGCUCCAGGAGAAGCUGCAGGGGAGGGAGGCGGACUGUCAGCGCCUGGAGCAUGCGUUGCAGAGGGUGUCCAGCCAGCUCCAGAGUGUGCAUGUGCUGCUCCGAGAGAAGGAGGAAGAGCUGGAGUGCAUCAAGGAAGUACACAGGAAAGUCCUGGAGAAGAAAAAUCAAGACCUCAAUGAGGCUUUGGUUAAAAUGGUUGCUUUGGGGAGCAGCUUAGAGGAAACAGAAAUUAAGCUUCAGGCAAAGGAAGAGAUUUUAAGGAAAUUUGCAAAUGAAUCUUCAAAGGAUGUGGAAGAGACACAGAGUGCCCAAGAAGAAAUAGAAGGAGAUGGCAUUUUGCUCUUGGGCCAACAGCUUCAAGUCACUGUGGCACCUCUGGGCUGCCUACAUACAAGACUUGAGGAGGAGGAGGACCUGGGAACCAUCCCAGGGGAGGAGUGUGGUGACAGUAGCCUUGGUGGGGAAGAGAGCCUGGUGCUCCUAAAGUUGGCAGAAGUGCCUGACAGGGAGGGGCACCCACAUGGCAUAGGCAGAACUGACCAGGGGGCACCUGGGGUCAAAAGACAGAGGAUUCGUUUCUCCACAAUCCAGUGUCAGAGGUACGUCCACCCUGAAGGGUCAGAGAAGACAUGGACCAGCAGUACAUCUUCUGACACCAGCCAGGACCGGUCACCCUCAGAGGAAAGCAUGUCCUCAGAGCCUGCACCCAGCACGCUGCCUGCCAGCAGUGACUCUGAGACGUAUCUCUCCAUCAUCCACUCCCUGGAGACCAAGCUGUACGUCACAGAAGAGAAACUCAAAGAUGUGACCAUCCGGCUAGAGAGCCAGCAGGGCCAGAGCCAGGAGGCGCUGUUGGCACUGCACCACCAGUGGGCUGGCACCGAGGCCCAGCUGCGUGAGCAGCUCCACACCAGCCUGCUCCAGGUCGGAGCACUGACUUCCCAACUGGAGCAGGAGAGGCAGGAGAGGUCCAGGAGGGUCGAAGGUCAUGUUGGGGAGCUUGGCGACUUCCAGGUGAAAAACAGUCAGGCCUUGACCUACUUGGAAAACUGCCGAGAGCAGCUGACAUCUUUGCUGAGGGCUGGCCAGAAAGAUGAGGAGAAUGUGUGUGCUGCCUCCCUGGUCAGUAUGGAGGGUGCCCUGGUCAGCGCCAUCCAGGCCCUACAACACUGGCCAGCCUCGGCUGACAGUGGGGCUGGUGCCCAGUUGGAGGAGGGUGACUCCACAGGGAGCAGAGUACCAGCUCCUUGGCGGCUGACUGAGCAGGAGCAGGUGAGGCUCCUUUCUGAACAAAUUGCUCUGGAGGCCUCGCUGAUCAGUCAAAUAGCAGACUCUCUGAAGAACACCACAUCAGAUAUCUCCCAUGUUCUCCACGAGAUUCCUCAAUCAGGACAGUUGCUGCUGGAGUCUGAGAGCACCACGGUCUCUACUGGGGCUCCUGCCGAUGCCUGGGCCAAGAAGGUGCUGGUGGACGGUGAGUUCUGGAGUCAGGUUGAGUCUCUGAGGAAGCGCCUGGGGACACUGGGAGGCGAGGCAGUCUCUGCAUCAGGAGGUGGACAGCAGAGCGCCCCACAGGGCCUGGCUCCUGUGCUGGCCAGCGCCACGUGGGUCAGGGCAGAGCUCAGCUUUGCCGCACAAUCUGUGCGGGAGUCACUUCGCCGCAGGCUGCAGAGUGUCCAGGAGACGCUGCAGGGGACCCAGACGGCUCUACAGCAGCACCGGUGCGCCCUGCGGCAGGUCCUAGACGCCUAUCAGACCCCAGACUUUGAGAGGGUGAUGCGGCAGGUCUCAGAGUCCCUCAGGCUUCCAGCAGGCAAUGCUGUACCUGCAUCCUGGGACCUGAGCCCCUCAGAAGUGCUGAGCCAAGACUCAGUUGGCCCCCAGGAGCCCUUUCAGUCAUCUGCCCAGAGCUCCAGGGCCCUGGUGGCUAUUCAGGAAGAGCUGGCCCAGCAGCUAAAGGAGAAGGCCAGCAUCUUAGAGGAGAUAGCCGCCUCUUUACCAUCGCUCCCACCUGCGGCAGCUCUGAGAGAUUGCCAGAAACUGCUUCAGGCGUCCCAGACUCUCUCAUAUAGCACUUGUCUGGGCGGCCUGGGUCAGUAUUCCUCUUUACUGGUACAAGAUGCAAUUGUUCAGGCUCAGGUGUGUUAUGCAGCUUGCAGGAUCCGGCUGGAGUAUGAAAAGGAGCUCCAGGUCUGUAAGGAGUCCCGGCUGACUGGGGGCACCUUCUGCCUGGAGCCUGCCCAAGCCGUCAGGGUUCUAAGGGAUGAGUACGAAGACCUUCUCCGUAAGCAGAAGAGCGAGUACCUGGAAGUGAUUGCUGUCAUUGAAAGGGAAAACACAGAGCUCAAGGCCAAGGCGGCCCAGCUGGACCAGCAGCAGCAGAGUCUGGAGGAGGUGGAAAGCAAGCACAGUGCGAGCAUGUGUGCCCUGCAGGGCAGGUACGCCAAGGAGAUGCGCUGUGUGGCAGAGCAGCUGAACAGGGCCCAGAGCUCACUGCAGGCUGAGCGCAGCCGGGUGCUGAGCCAGCUGGAUGCCUCUGUCAGAGACAGACAGGACAUGGAGCGGCAGCAUGUGGUACAGAUGCAGACGCUGGAGGACAGGUUCCAGCUUAAGAUCCAGGAGCUGCAGGCCAUCCACGGGGAGGAGCUGCGGGCCCUGCAAGAGCACUGCUCGCAGAGCCUGCGCUGCCUGCAGGAGACACUCCGCCUCCACCAGGGCCAGCACCCCAGGGCCCUGUCAGCCCUCUCCACCCACGGGGAGGCCAUGGAAGGGGAGGCCGAUUCCAUGACGGGGCUGCGGGAGCGCAUCCAGGAGCUGGAGGCCCAGAUGAAUGCUAUGCGGGAGGAGCUGGGCCAUAAGGACCUGGAGGGUGACGCGGCCACACUGCAGGAGAAGUACCAGAGGGACUUUGAGAGCCUUAAGGCUACAUGUGAGCGAGGAUUUGCAGCGAUGGAAGAAACACACCAGAAGAAGAUCGAAGAUCUGCAGCGGCAGCACCAGCGAGAGCUGGAGAAGCUCCGGGAAGAGAAAGACCGCCUCCUAGCUGAGGAGACAGCAGCUACCAUCUCAGCCAUUGAAGCCAUGAAAAAUGCACACCGGGAAGAGAUGGAACGGGAGCUGGAGAAGACCCAGCGGUCCCAGAUUAGCAGUGUCAACUCAGAUGUUGAAGGCCUGAGGCGGCAAUAUCUGGAGGAGCUGCAGUCGGUGAAGCGGGAACUAGAGGUGCUAUCCGAGCAGUACUCACAGAAGUGCCUGGAGAAUGCCCACCUGGCCCAGGCACUGGAGGCCGAGCGCCAGGCCCUGCGGCAGUGCCAGCGUGAGAACCAGGAGCUCAAUGCCCACAACCAGGAGCUGAACAACCGCCUGGCUGCAGAGAUUACACGGUUACGGACGCUGCUGACCGGGGAUGGCGGCGGGGAGGCUGCUGGGUCACCCCUCACACAGGGCAAGGAUGCCUAUGAGUUGGAGGUCUUACUGAGGGUUAAGGAGUCAGAAAUACAGUACCUAAAGCAGGAGAUCAGCUCCCUCAAGGAUGAGCUGCAGACAGCAUUGCGGGACAAGAAGUAUGCCAGUGACAAGUACAAAGACAUCUACACAGAGCUCAGUAUUGCAAAGGCAAAGGCCGACUGUGACGUCAGCAGAUUGAAAGAACAGCUCAAGGCUGCAACAGAAGCACUGGGGGAGAAAUCACCUGAGAGCCCCUCUGUGUCAGGAUAUGAUAUAAUGAAAUCUAAAAGUAACCCCGACUUCUUGAAGAAAGACCGAUCCUGUGUUGCCCGGCAGCUCAGAAACAUCAGAUCCAAGAGUCUGAAGGAAGGCCUGACCGUACAGGAGCGGCUGAAGCUCUUUGAAUCCAGGGACUUGAAGAAGGACUAGCUGUGCCCUGUUCGACUUGAACACGCACCUUUCUCGGCUUGUGCAGCACAGCUCGAGCACUGCUUUUUGUCUGUACCUUUGUUUUGUAUGAUUAUUAUUGUGAUUAUUGUCAUCUUUGACUGUGGGUCUGGAUGCAUGAGAGACUGGUUAUGGGUUGCUCACACCACUCCCUGCUGUGCUGAUUUAGACUUCCUGUAGUCAUCAAAGCUUUUUUCCCAUGGUUUUCUGAAAUUAGUCCAGCAGUAGGGGCUGGGGAGGGACAUCCCUCCAGCUGGCAUCUGUGUGAGAGCCCCUUCCUUGCUGUCACCCGCACUCACCGUCAGUAUUAAGGCUCAGCAGCCUGUUGAUAAGCUAGCCUGUAUCCUGAGUGCUGGUGUGGAAGCAGGGCCGCAGCCAGCAUGCCUCAGGGCAGACGCAACAGCCUUAUGGGCAUCUGGCUUGGCCUGGAUCACAGCACUGACUACCUGACUCAAUGGCCUAGCGCUAGAGGGAUGUGCACUGCCUUCUGAGGACAGCAUUUUGUACUUGUCCCACUGAUGCAGCUUAGAAUCACAACCCAGAUAAUCGUGGCAAACUUUUCACAACCUGGAAAAUGUUGAAAGCAGUCAUUCCUAUUUUUGUUUUUUUUAUUAAAUCUUGCACAAAAUCC